UCAGGUGUGUGUGUGCACACACGCGUUACGGCGCUUCUGUUCAGCAGCGGAGGACGUGAGCGCGCGAGACGUGUGUGUUCUGCAUCAGUGUGUCACUGACUCCGGCUCUGCCAGGAUCUCCUCUCAGCACUGCGGCGAGCACAACUUGUGUGGGAUAGUCUCAGACUUACACUGCACCAUCGCGUGCUCGAGCAUUUCAACCCUCCUGCCAUAUAAAGCGUCAACUUUGACCACUUUCAGAUCUUGAGAGCCAUUGGUAAAGGCAGUUUUGGAAAAGUAUGCAUUGUCCAGAAAAAGGACACAAAGAAAAUGUACGCCAUGAAGUAUAUGAACAAACUCAAGUGUGUGGAGCGCAAUGAAGUGCGCAAUGUCUUCAAAGAGCUCCAGAUCAUGCAGAACCUGGAGCAUCCGUUCCUGGUCAAUUUCUGGUACUCGUUUCAAGAUGAGGAGGACAUGUUCAUGGUAGUUGACCUGCUGCUGGGAGGAGAUCUGCGUUAUCAUCUACAGCAGAACGUGCACUUUACAGAGAGCACAGUCAAGCACUACGUGUGUGAAAUCGCCCUCGCUCUGCACUACCUGCGCAACAAACGCAUCAUCCACAGAGACAUUAAGCCAGACAACAUUUUGCUGGAUGAGCACGGUCACGCUCACUUGACAGACUUUAACAUCGCUGCUAUUGUGAAGGAGGACUUAAAAGCCACUUCUAUUGCAGGGACAAAACCAUACAUGGCACCAGAACUAUUCCAGUCAUUGGAGGGAACACACCCAGGUUAUUCUUUCGCUGUGGACUGGUGGUCUUUAGGGAUCACUGCAUAUGAGCUUCUCCGUGGACAGAGGCCGUACAUCAUGCGCACCAACACACCAACCAAUGAGAUCCUGCAGACUUUCCACAAAGCGCACCCUUGUUACCCUGCGGCCUGGUCUACAGGGAUCAAAUCACUCUUACAAAAGCUGCUGUGUGUCGACGCUCAGAAGAGGAUCGCCAGUCUCUCGGAGCUCCAGGAACUGGAAUACCUCUCUGAUGUCAAUUGGGAUGCUGUGCUUAACAAACAAAUCCCACCUGGAUUCCUCCCUAAUAGGCGACGACUAAACUGCGACCCCACAUUUGAGCUGGAGGAGAUGAUCCUGGAAUCCAAACCACUGCACAAGAAGAAGAAGAGGCUGGCGAGGAAGACGAGGGAGAGCGGCUCUGAUGGGUCUCCUCAGAAUGGACAACUCCAGCGGCGCUUGGAGACUGUCCAAAGAGAUUUCAUCGUCUUCAACAGGGAGAAGUUGAGGAAAACCAAAGCAAACACUGAGACAACCAAAGCCAUGCAAGAUGGACAGAACAACAACGUAGAGCAGUGUUUAUCAGGCUAACAUCUGGACCCCCCACAGCGGUCCUCCUCCUCUCGAAGCUGACGGCGAUCAGCCCUGGACACAUGAGAAGAUCACAGAUUCUGGAUGGAAGCAUCGACCCGGUGUGACCCUCGUGCUCUGAACACACAAUCACACAUUUAAAGACAGAACUGGACGAUGAUGCUCUCUGCACCUGGCUGUGAGAUGUGUGCCUUACUAGUUUAAUGGAUUUCUCGAAUGCGUUUGGAGGCACGUGGAGGUUUACUGCUGUCUGAUUCAGCGAGUGGUCGGACUCUAGCCCUUCUCCAUGAUUUAUAAAGCUGAGCUUCUUAACAUAGGAAUGCAGAGAACAGAAUGUGAAGAUACUCAUCUCACCUCAUUAUGCCUCUGCGAUUCAUUCAGGCAGAAAACUGACAUCCACGCCACUGAGAGCAUAAGAUGGCCUUUCUGUUUCUUUAGCGUUUCUUUAGAGCUCUUGUGCUGCUGAAUAAGAUAUGAACCACACUGUACAGAUAAAAUAAUAAUAAAAUCAUUUAAUAGCAUCAUCUGGCAAGUCUAAGCUUUGCACAGCCUAGGAGUAUUCACACAAUGUCUGGCUCAUUUAUUAACCAAAAAAUAAAUAAAUAAAAUUCGGGCCUACUA